UAGCCUUCUCUUCUUCUUCCCAGAGCGCUCUCGCUUUUGCUCUCGAUCGAAGUCUUGGCGAGAAGGAAGGAGAAGGAAGUAGAGGAUUCCAUCUCGGAGAUCACCGCCAUGCAGCCUUGCAGCAGAGAAAUGCAAGCGAUGGCUCUUCAGGAGCUCCAGAUCGCCGCGCAUGAUGAUUUCUUUGACCAGAUGCUCUCUAGCCUCCCUCCGUCGUGGCCGGAUCUCGGAAACCCGAAGUCGCCGUGGGAUCUCGCUGGAAAACCCCAAGAUGACCCCGCGGGGGAGUACCCGCCGUACGACGAGUCAUCGCUGCUUGCGUCGCGGCUGAGGCAGCACCAGAUUAGUGGUGGUGGAGGGAGUGGGGGAUCGCCGGCGGAGAAGAGCAUGGGGCUCCAUCUCGCUCAGCAUCAGCAGAUGAUGCUCGCGGCGGGGAUGGGACGAUCGUCUCCAGUCGGUGCCGGCGACGGUGGCUUGAUCCCGAUGCCGCUGAGCCUUGGCAACGGCGGAUCCUCCGAUUCGAGACUUCUCCUGGACCGAUCUCGCGACGAGGUCGACGCCGCCUUCAAACCCCCUAAUUCCACCGGAAGCGAAGGAAUCUACAACGGAUUCAGCUCCGGAUCGGCGCAGCGCAUGGCGCAAGCGGCAAAUCAGCAGCAUUUCCAGGGUUCGCCGGUCCCAUCUCAAAGCUUCGGAGCAGCGCCGCCGUCCUCUGGCAACACCACGACGCAAGCGGCGGCCGCGCCGCCACGUCAGCGCGUUAGGGCUCGGCGUGGCCAAGCCACUGACCCUCACAGCAUCGCCGAAAGGCUGCGCAGGGAGAGGAUAGCAGAACGGAUGAAAGCUUUGCAGGAGCUGGUGCCUAACGCCAACAAGACUGACAAGGCGUCGAUGCUGGAUGAGAUCAUCGACUACGUAAAAUUCCUCCAGCUCCAAGUCAAGGUUCUCAGCAUGAGCCGGUUAGGUGGCGCCGCUGCUGUUGCCCCUCUUGUCGCCGAUGUCUCCUCUGAGGCGGGAAGAGGCGGCGGAGGAGGGAGUGGGGGCAGCGAUAGCUUAGCAGUAACGGAACAUCAAGUGGCAAAGUUAAUGGAAGAAGACAUGGGGUCAGCAAUGCAGUAUUUACAAGGGAAAGGGCUGUGUCUUAUGCCCAUCUCUCUUGCAUCAGCCAUCUCUUCAGCUACUGCUCGCACCACAUCCAGCCUCAUCCCAUCAUCUCUCAACCAUAUUAACAGUAACAAUAACAAUGGUGGUGUUGGUGCUGGUAUUAAUGGUGGUGAUGGACCUUCAUCUCCAAGUAUGUCAGUGCUAACAGUGCAGUCAGCCAUGGGUGCUGGCUCUGAUACCAUGAAAGAUGCGGCUUCUGUUUCUAAGCCAUGAAACGACAACAAGUAUGAAGGUGUGGUGGAGUAGUUGAGAAGAGAAUGAGGAGGAGGGGAGCAGGAGUGGGGGAAGAGAGAGAGAGAGAGAGAUGGGAAAGGAGUCUUAGUGGUGGGUCAAAGCUUGAGAGUGUGAAAAAGGAAAAGGACUUGUGUUGCUGGCGUGCAUUUCUUUUUUGUCUUUUGGAUCAGCAGCUUCAUAGAGACUAACAAGUCUCACUCGACGUCAACGAGACACACCACACCACACCAUACCAUACCACCAUGGUUUUACUCUCUUUUUUUUUUUUUCUCUUUCUCUUUUUUCGCUCUUCUUUUCCUCGCUCUCUUUCUAUCUUACUUUUUAUUUGUUUAUUUCUCUUGUUUUUUAUUAUUUUGUAUGCUUUUGGUCUAAAUUAGUUUUGUUCAUUUGUCGUUUGUGGAUUGUCGGAGGAAUUGGGUGCCUA